GUGAGAAUCCACCCACUCAUCCAUGUACGCAUCCACUCAUCCACGAACCCACCCAGCAACCCUGACAUGCUGUCUAACCCGUUCUUCACUUCCUACAUUCGUCCUGCACAAUACCACUGCACCGUGGAUAGAUGAUCGACACAUAGACUCACCCAUCCAUCCACCUAUCCACAGAUUCUAACACAAUUUCACUCACCCAUCUAUACACACAUCCACCCAUCCAUCAUCCCACCAAAUCAACCACAUAUGCAUCCACCCGCCAAUCAUAAUCCACGCAUCCGUCCACUCAUCCACCUACACCCCCAAUCACCAAUCUAAUGCAUCCAUCCAGCCAUCCACUCGCCCGCCCAUCCACUCGUCCUACCAUACACCCACGCACCCCAAAACCCCACCCCACCCACCCCUCCCUCGACCGACCCUCGGCUCCGUUUCGCACACGCGCACUGCUCUCUCAUCCCCCCCUGGGCUAUCAACAUCUGGGGGCAGCGCGCGAGUAGCCGCGCUGCACGAGGCGCGAGCGAGGCUCGGGGCUUCCGACGCGAGCCGCCACUCAGUACUUUGAACCCGCUGCAGUCUGCGCUCCUUCAACGCCGGUGGGGGAACGUCGACACGACGCGAACUCUCUCACUCUCCCUGCUGAGGCCUCGAUCUCGUCGUGGCCAGCAGCAGCAGCAGGACCUCGACACUGGCAUCGAGCUCCUGAACCACAGCGCUGCUGCCGCCGCUGCCUCCACUCGCGAGAAGUGAAUUGAAGAUCUGACAAAUAUCCCAGCGAUGGACGAGGAGGAAUUUCGACGAUGUGGCAAGGAGAUGGUGGACUACAUCGCGGACUACCUGUCCACCAUACGGACCCGCCCCGUCUACCCCGACGUACUGCCCGGGUACUUGAGGCCCCUGAUCCCGGCGGAACCCCCGCGGACCCCCGAGACCUUCCGAGACGUGAUGGAGGACGUGGAGAGAGUCGUCAUGCCCGGCGUCACGCACUGGAGUAGCCCUCACUUCCACGCCUAUUUCCCGGGAGCCAACUCGUACCCCGCUCUCCUCGGCGACAUGCUCUCGGGCGCCAUCGGCUGCAUCGGCUUCUCCUGGGCCGCGAGCCCCGCGUGCACGGAGCUGGAGACGGUGAUGCUGGACUGGCUGGCGCGGACUCUGCAGCUGCCCUCGCACUUCCUGGCGUGCGGGGACACCGGGGAGGGGGGCAGCGGAGGGGGGGUCAUCCAGGGCACGGCGAGCGAGGCGACGCUGGUGGCGAUGCUGGCCGCGAGGAAUCGCGCGAUGAGACUGGGCCAGGACCCCCAGGGGAGUCCCGGGGCAUCGGGCACCCUGGCCCGCCUGGUCGCCUACACCUCCGAGCAGGCCCACUCGUCGGUGGAGCGCGCCGCGAUGUUUGCGGCGGUGCGGAUCCGCAAGCUGCCCACGGACGGGCGCUGCUCGCUCCGCGGGGACGCCCUCAGCGACGCCGUGGCCACGGACCGUGCCGCCGGCCUCGUCCCCUUCUUCCUGUGCGCCACACUGGGCACCACGCCCUCCUGCGCCUUUGACAGCAUCAUGGAGCUGGGACCCGUGUGUGAACGCGAGGGACUCUGGAUGCACAUCGACGCCGCGUACGCGGGCAGCGCCUUCAUCUGCCCCGAGUUCAGACCCCUCCUCAACGGAGUCGAGUUUGCAGACUCCUUCAAUUUCAACCCGCACAAAAUGAUGGAGGUGAACUUUGACUGCUCGGCCAUGUGGGUGAAGAGCAAGGCAGACCUCAUCAGCGCCUUCAAGAUGGAACCACUGUACCUGCAACACGAUCACCAGGAGUCGGGACUCAUUACGGAUUACAGGCACUGGCAGAUCCCGUUGGGCCGGCGCUUCCGCUCGCUCAAGCUGUGGUUCGUGAUGCGGCUCUACGGGGUCGAGGGACUGCAGGAGCACGUGCGCAAGCAAGUGCGUCUCGCCCACGAGUUCGAGGCGCUGGUGCGGGCGGACGAGAGGUUCGAGGUGUGUGCCACGGUCGUCCUCGGCCUCGUCUGCUUCCGUCUCAAGGGCCCGGACGACCUCAACGAGACGCUGCUCAAGGACAUCAACGGCGAGCGCGCCGUGCACCUCGUCCCCUCGCGCCUGCACGGCCGCUUCGUGCUGCGCUUCGCCGUCUGCUCGAGCCGCACGCGCAGCCACGACGUCGCCUUCGCCUGGGCCCAGGUGCUGCGCGUCGCCGCCGCCCUCACGCAGGGGGGGCCCGGCCCGCAGGGGGAGCCGGGGCGCGAGGCCGCCGGACGGCAGACGGCCGGAGGCCCACGCUGACGGAGCGAGACGGCCCGGGUGCAAACGGGAGCAUCGAGAAGAAGGCAGCGCCCCGAACGCCGCCCACACACGAGCCCUAACCACACGAAGCACCCAGACACGAGCCUUAACAAUAACCACAUUAGCCAGCCAGACUCUAGCCCGAGCCCUAACCACACGAAGCACCCAGACACAAGCCUUAACAAUAACCACAUUAGCCAGCCAGACUCUAGCCCUAGCCCUAACCACACGAAGCACCCAGACACAAGCCUUAACAAUAACCACAUUAGCCAGCCAGACUCUAGCCCUAGCCCUAACCACACGAAGCACCCAGACACAAGCCUUAACAAUAACCACAUUAGCCAGCCAGACUCUAGACCGAGCCCUAACCACACGAAGCACCCAGACACGAGCCUUAACAAUAACCACAUUAGCCAGCCAGACUCUAGCCCUAGCCCUAACCACACGAAGCACCCAGACACAAGCCUUAACAAUAACCACAUUAGCCAACCAGACUCUAACCCUAGCCCUAACCACACGAAGCACCCAGACACAAGCCUUAACAAUAACCACAUUAGCCAGCCAGACUCUAGCCCUAGCCCUAACCACACGAAGCACCCAGACACAAGCCUUAACAAUAACCACAUUAGCCAGCCAGACUCUAGCCCUAGCCCUAAUCACACGAAGCACCCAGACACGAGCCUUAACAAUAACCACAUUAGCCAGCCAGACUCUAGCCCGAGCCCUAACCACACGAACUACCCAGACAUGAACCUUAACUCUAAGCACAUUAGCCAGCCAGACUCUAGCCCUAGCCCUAACCACACGAACCACCCAGCCACACACGAGCCAUAACUACACUAACCACCCAUACUUUACUCCUAACCCUAACCACACUAGCCAGCCAGAUCCUAAUCUACUUCUAACUCUACUCCCAUCCCCAGGUUUUUCCAGAUUUUUCGUUUUCACUUUUAAAGGUCACAGUCCCCGCUCCGUCACAACACCACGUGUUCAGUGUUCAGUGAGCCGAAGUGUUUUGCCCGUGUCGUCGUCGUCGUCGUCAUCACAGAGGUGGCCUCCGUGGCUCACAGAGACGCUGAGAUCCUGGUUUCGAAUCCGAGUUUCGAAUCCAUGACCUUGGCCAAGCAGGGUGGCGGUGGUGGAUACGCACACGUGCCUGCUUACAAUCCAGCACCGUGGUGGGGGAGGCAGCGAGGGUUGGUGGAUCACCGCAUGAAUGCCAAAAUAUCACGACGCUACCUUCCCGUGCGCAUCGAGGAGGUACCCCUGGCUCGCCAGCUGAACGCAGCACAGCGAAGUGUGGACUCAUAACGCCUGUCCCUUCUGUAUGGCGGGAUAGAGUGUUGCCCCCUCGCAUGCGUGAGUUUUCUCCGGGUGCCCGCGCUUUCCUCCCACGUGUAAAAUAAUCACUCGCUGCGAAUUGCCUUGAAACAUCUUAGGACGUAGAGAACUGCAGAGCGAGCGUUGGUAACGCCGGUGCAGCGCCUGGCUGCAGCCUUCCAGCUCGGUCUGUGGUUCCUACUCUGCGAUUGUCCGAUGCAAAAUUGCGUGAACGUCGACGCGACACAGCAAACCCUUGCCCGUCGCGGGCGUUACGCGAUCCGCAAACUCCCGAGGCACCCCCACGACACCCCCACGACAACCCCCCCGCAUCAACCCCCCAUCAUCUCGCAAGCAGCGAGUCGCGACGCGUGACGGAUUGUCGCCGUCAACCGCGAAUGGUUCACGCGCUCUGCACCACGACUCGUUUCAACGGCGAAACCGCGAAAGCUAAACUGGCGAGAGGGAGGGUUUUGCCGUACACAGAACUACCACUUUAUUAUAAUUAUUACUAGUAGUGUUGUUACCAAGCUCACUAAUGGCUGGACUAAAACAAAACAAAAUCCAUCUCACUUAAGUUGGGCUCCUGUGGUGGUUUUGAGAUCGACUCCAACACCAGCGAGUUCGCGGCCGCGUGCGUGAGACCCUGCGUGGGGCCCUGCGUGGCACCGCGAGGGGCCGUACGCCCCCUCGCGGUGCCACGCGCGGCUGUGCCCUCGGAUGGUGGCGGGUGUGACGACACAUUCUUAUUUACGCGAUCUCACCCAAAGCCAAAAAAUAUUUAUCAUGGAUAAAAUUGUUCGCGAAACCCUCCUCCUGCUACCACGACCACCAACCACUACGACGUGUUAAAGUGGUGCGAGGGUAACCCCCGUCAGGAGAACGUCGAGUGGGGGAGGCGUCCCGGGAUGCUUCAGAUUCCUCGGCCGCUCUCUUGGCGCGCGCGAGGUCGCCAUCCAUCGCCCCUCCUCGUUGUUGUUGUCGCGUAGGCAGCGGCUGUUGUUGUUGUGCUUCGGUGAGAUUCCGCCAGUGGGGGGGGGACGCAUUACAAAAUCAAGGAACUAACGCGUCAAGAUGCAAUGGUGAGUUAAAAUAUCCAGCCGACGUGUUAAACGGAGUGCAACUCAUGCACGGCCGCGCUGUGAUGGGAGUGUGCGCCUGUGUCAAGAUCAACAUCACAGUAUGUGUGUGUGUGUGCGGCAGUCUGUUUAUCUUUGGGAGGGGGGGGGGGUGCAGCGGGUAGCGCUGCUCUGCAAACCUCGCGCACCCAAGUUCAACUCCUGCUCACGGCCAACACCAGUGACGAUGAUUUGAACCAGGUCCUGGGCCCCCCACUAAGUCGACACAGUAUCAAAUGAGUACCUGGUGCGAUGUGUAAACAUCACUACCGGGGGAGACAAAGGCGGCCGGGCGUGGUGUUGGCCACACCCACGCCCUGGUGUGCGACAGUGCCACAUGUGCUCGCUAACAGCACUUGCCCCAAUAGUCUGUUACAGGCUACACUUUGCCGGUGGGGUAGGGAUCUAUUGUGUGCACGCGUGUCUGGGUGUGCGCAUGUGCGUGCCUUCUCCGUUGUGACUGUUACUGCUGAUGGUGUUGUUAGUUGUUGUUGUUGUUAUUGUUGUUGUUGUCGCUGAUGUCACGUUGUGCCGUUUUAGCCCACGGGGCCAGGCCAGCGAUCCUGUACAGACCCUUCGGUAGUCGCCGGUUGGUUCUUCGCUUGCGAAGAUCGGGGAGGUACUUGAGGUCCGUGUAGUUGGCAGGCGCCGCUGGUGUCUGUACAGGGCCCAUCCUUGACUUGCAACAUUCCGUGGCAGGUGGUGGAUCUCAACUCCAGACCAGUCAGAGUGGGGGGAGGGCGCCUCCAUGUUUCUGUUGAAGCUUUGUGCCUCGUUCGGUCUGCCAUUGACGCUGCUUCCUUAGCUGUGGAGCGCCAGCAACACGUUGAGUCUCACCGAUGGCAUUCGUGCUCCGAAUAAUGAGAGCGAACUUCAGCUGAUUAACCCCCACCCGUUUGAAACGGUGAUCAACGCCAUUCGUUCACUUUGAUUGGUCACGUGAAGGAAUGGGAAGCGUGGCACAGCCAUGCCACCUCCUCAGGUGGUACCCACAGGUUGUGAGAUUCCUUGGCCUGGUCCGUGGGUUCCGUAUCUGAUUUGUGCAAAGCCGUGGGCCACAACAGCCAGAAGUUAAUUCACGAGAUGUAUUUAGUGUAUCUGUCAAUGAUUAAAUAAAAUUAAAACAUUCAAACAUC